UUUGAUUUCCUCUUUCUUGCUCCGAUGGAAAACUUGUCUUUGUACUUUGGUAUGGAUAGCGAAGAAAAUAUCCUUUGAGGAAUAACAUGGACGUCGAAGUUCUUCAAUACAGUUGUAGGGAAGGAGUUAAUGGCAACACUAACUAACAGCCUGGAUCGCAGCAACAAGCUCAUUCCUUCAAAAGUUGGGUCAGUAUGUCGUGUAAGCUUCUCUGUAAUAUCCCAAAUGUAUGGGUUGCGUUACGCUGUGUAGCCGCGCCUGGAGGUAUUGCGACCAGGCAUUUGUAUUUCAAAAUGGCGGACAAGGUGCACGACUUUCCCGAGAAAAAAAGAGCUAAGUUUGAGCUGCGGAAAUACGAUAAAGUGCCAAUAUGGAUAUGCGAAAAUCACGAUGAAGUCCUUUACUAUAUCCAUAGAGCUAUUGGAUCAAGGUAUAUCGCAUUCGAAGGAUUAACACUUCUUCAUUUUGAUUCACAUCCCGACCUUACUGUUCCUGUGAAGAUGAAGGCAAACACCGUAUUUGAGCAAGAAACUUUGUAUGAGGAGAUUAGUAUUGCAGACUGGAUUCUACCCGCAGUCUAUGCUGGACAUGUUAAUAAAGUUAUAUGGGUCAAGCCACCUUGGUCGGAUCAAAUUAAGGACGGUGUAUUCAACUUCAAGGUUGGCAAACACAAGGAAACUGGUUUUGUUAGGGUCACAUGCUCUGAGACAUAUUUUGUAGAAGAACUACUUUAUGCAGAUGAGGAAUCACUUGAAAACUGCAAAGACUUGGAACUUAUUGUAUUUACUCUCAAACCUGGAUUGGUGAAAAUCAAUGAAAACAUUAAUUUUGAUGAAUCAGUUUCUCAGGCUACAGUCAGUAAAAACCCAAAAGAACUGGACACAAAGGAUGAUGAUAGUAAAAUUGCGUGUAAUUUUAUGGAUCAGGAAAGUUGCAAGUUUAGUGCAAACUUACCAGGCAUAAUGUCUGGAUCAUCACUACUCUUGGACAUAAUUUCUCAAGAAAAUAAAUUUAUUCUGGAUAUUGACAUGGACUUUUUCUCAACCCAAAAUCCAUUUAAACUGCUUUAUACAGAGGAGGAGUUCAAGUCUCUUAGAAAUAUCUAUAGAUUUGAUGAACCUUUAUCAACAAGUAAAAAGGUAAUAAUAUUUACAGUUGUAGUAAGAAGACUUUAUGUCUUUUUUCUUAGGUCAUCAUAUGAUGAGUAUACGCCUCCAGAUCAAGUGGAACACAUUCAGUCUUCUCUUCUCCAAGUUAUUCGUACUUGUUAUGGAGAGAACAUAUCGAUCAACAAAUGCUAUGAGACUGGCGAAUAACCUACAAGACUCGAGACCGAAGGAAACAAAAUCAACAAGAAAAUUUCACCAGUGAAACGCUUAAAACAUUGUUGUAGACUAAAAUAAGUUUUUAAAGUUUGAGCGGUUUUCAAUUGAGCGUCGCUAAACCAAGACCAAUUACUUCCGAAUGGAUGAAAAAGCGCGCAACUUUUUUUAGUCUAAAGCAUAACUUUUCUACGCUCGAGUGAAAGCCGCUCUAAAACCGCGCGAAAACCAAAACCAACCACCUUGGCUGAUCACAAAGGGCGCAAAAAUAUCCAGUGAACCAAUCAAACUCGAAGUAAAUUCGUGUAACUGAUGCGAAGUGUGGGAAAACCUGUGCAAGGCAGCAAGGGCUAAAGAAGCAAGUCACGAUUGGUUUUGAUUUACUUCUGAGUGGUUAUUAAGAAAAUUGCGCGAAUUUUUAAACUUAUUUUUCAAUCUACAGUGCUGAUUCUGAUCGAAUCUUCGUAGAAUCACCUCUCGUUGUAAACCCAGCAUGUAUCACGUAGUAGGUACGUUAAGUUAAACGACAAUAAAGAAUUGUAAAAAGUG